AUGGAGCCACCCGCAGCGAAACCAAACUUCUUCAGCAACGUUUUAGUGAAGGUGUUAUUAUUCGGUGUUUUAAUCAUAAUCGUCCGAUUCGCUUACAUCGUUACAAUCACCGGCGAAUCAUGCAAUCUCGGUGACUUCUGUUUCUUACCGGAGAGUUUCAAUUUAGUCAUCGCCGGUACCGGAAGCGGUGUCUCCACUGCGAACAGAGCGGUGGUAUCAACAUCAGCGGGUCCAACACAGCGAGAUCUCUACACGAGUAAAGAUUGGAUCAAGGCCGUUCAUUUCUAUUCUGAUGUCUUUCGUGAUCUGGUAUCCGACGGUUAUCUUUCAGCGAUUUCUAAGACUAUGUGUGUGGAAACGCCCAAAGGAGAAGAUGUUUUCGCUUUGAAAGAAAUCGGCAUUUUGGAUUCUAUUGGAAUUUACAAAAAAGCAUCAAAGCCGUUGGUGAUUUCGUUGAAGGAGAGUGGACUGCCGUUCGAUGAGAAUACUUUUGACUUUAUAUUCUCCGGUGGGGACCGGUUGGAUAAGACUUCACGGCGGCCGUUGGAUUUAACGGUGUCGGAUAUCCAACGGACAUUGAAACCCGAAGGGUUUUUUGUGGCUCACGUGAGUUCUAAAGAUACGUAUAGUUUUAAUUCGUUUCUUGAUUUAUUUAAUUCUUGCAAAUUAAUCAAGUCACGUGACAUUGAAGGUUAUGAUUCAUCCAUGCCUUUUAUUAGAGAAAUUGUUUUGCAAAAGAAAGUAGGGAGUGAAAUUCUUAGCAAAAACUAUGAUGGCAAACUGGGGAAUACAUGCUCUGUUCCGGGGUAUAAAAGGGAUUUGGUGCGCAAUGCUGAGGCUCUGAUAACGGAAGAGCCAUUGAAGCCGUGGAUUACAUUGAAAAGGAAUAUACAUAAUAUUAAGUAUUUGCCGGCAAUGGCCGAUAUUAGUUUUAAGAGUAGGUAUGUGUAUGUUGAUGUUGGAGCUAGGAGUUACGGAUCUAGUAUAGGGAGUUGGUUUAAGAAGCAAUAUCCGAAACAGAAUAGGACGUUUGAUGUGUAUGCUAUUGAGGCGGAUAAGGCAUUUUAUGAGGAGUAUAGAGUGAAAAAAGGGAUAAAAUUGUUGCCGUAUGCAGCAUGGGUGAGGAAUGAGACGUUGAGGUUUGAGAUUAAUCAUGAUCCGGGCAAGGAAGCUAAGGUUAAAGAGCGAGGGAUGGGGAGAAUUCAGCUGGUGAAAUCAGCUUCAUCGUCGGGAAGUUUCAGUGGAGAGGUGAAUGAGAUUGAAGGGUUUGAUUUUGCGGAGUGGUUGAAGAGCACGGUGACAGAGAAGGAUUUUGUGGUGAUGAAGAUGGACGUCGAAGGGACUGAGUUUGAUUUGAUACCGAGGUUGUUUGAAACUGGAGCCAUUUGUUUGAUUGAUGAAAUCUUUCUUGAAUGCCAUUACAAUAGGUGGCAAAGAUGUUGUCCUGGACAGAGGAGUUCCAAGUAUGAGAAAACAUAUGGGCAGUGCUUGGACCUGUUUACUUCUCUUAGAGACAGGGGAGUUCUUGUUCAUCAGUGGUGGUGA